GGCCGCCGUCCCAAGCUGGGCUUUUGGUUGGCCGGCCUCAGCUGAAUUAUACCCCGCGUCAGGCCCCUACAGAGUGAGCGGGACAUCCGUGAUCGUACCUAUCUUUUCGUCCUCGAGAAUCAAAAUGGUAGAAACUACGCCCUCGAGAGACAACCUCUGCCAUUUGCGCAGCGCCUCCCGGGACGAGAGGCUCCAUCCGAUCCAUGGUUUGGCUGCCGAAGUUGUCGCCCAGAUCCUAGCCUGUCUCGACUCGGGAUCGUUGCUCUCGGCAAUUCUGGCACAUCCCCUGUUCCAUGCAACUUUUCAAGUCUUCCAACAACAUAUUCUCAAAGAAGUCCUGCUCCGCUUGGUUCCACUACGGCUAUUGCCUCUAUCCUUCGCUACAUACGAGGCUGAGUCAAUGGACUAUUCGGACUGGAACCGUAUUCGGCGCCUUCUUGAUCGGGUUCAUGUUGGCCAAGUUCAAUCGUCGAGUCCGCCGCCGGGACUGCCGCCAUUGCCUCUCACCCAUCGUAUGGUCGCGGCAAUGGAGCGCGUGCACCUCAUGGUCGAAUACUUUACCGCUGAUUUUGCUCAGCAAGCAAUACCCCGAUUCAGCCGCAUCUUCGAGACCACAAGACCUGCAACCAGCUCGCCGUCCGAGGAGCUCCGCAUCUUGCGCGCCUUUUACCGCUUUCAGCUUUAUUGCAACAUCUUUGGACGGAAGGCCAUAAAGAGCGCGAGGCAGGCAAACCUUACGGCGCCGGUGAGUGAGGAUGAAGACUGGGCAAGGCCGACACUGCCGAGAAAGAGUUUGGAGGACAUGCGGCGCGAGCUGGAAAGCUUUUUCUGGCCCUGGCAUCCUUGGGCAAAUGAGCAGUUGGCCUGUGUUUUCGAGUACCUAGAGACCGUCAUCUCGGUCUUUUUCGACGACGUAGCCGCCCACGAUGUCGAAUGGGGUUGGCGGAAAGUCGAUUGGGUCGAACCGAGUGUCGCCAUCCCCCAUCGACGGUUCCUUCUCUUCAACGGUCUUGGUCUUCCUUACCGACUGAGGCAGUCCGACGAGUUCGAGACCUGGAAAUCCCUGCUGGACUCGGCCGACGUGUCCCGAACGUGGAGCGGCAAUGAACGUACCGUCACCAUGGCAAGUUCGUUAACCGAGUCGGUAGUCCGGAGAUCUGCCACAAAUGUAGAGGACGCCGACGACCUUCGGGGGCUUGAGGGCCAAGCCGCUUGGAAGGGGAUUGAUGACGCAGCGACGCUUCCAGCGCAACUGUGGAGAGUCGCCAAUGUUCCUUACGCUUCCGUGUUUGACCGUACAAAUCUCCUGCUGAGAGAUGCGGGAUACGUCUUCUGGGACGGCUACGUGGGAGAAACAGCAAAGGUGAUGGAACGAGUGGAGCAUUGCUCCUGGACUUUUAACGGCAGACUUCUUCCACACGAGCUACCGAAGCUGCUGCAGGCUAUGAGGCGGUCGUGGAGAGAAAGAAGCAAGAUUUGGUUGGAAGGCGGUUGGGGAUACUGGGCGGAUGGUCGGCUAUUGAGCUGAACAAUGGCCACGUAUGCCUGAAUAUGUAUUUCAUGUAUGCAUGCGCAUCGCCUGGACUUCUGAGCCAUAGAGCGAUUGCUGUCCGUCCGUCUUGUCGGAAUGACGAGGCUGUGCAACACCAUUCUACUUUCGCUUUGCUGGCAGAUGAGCACUGCAGUUUACUUACCGAGGAGCUAGAGGCAAACACUUCCCCCAGAUGAGGUGGC